AUGGCCCAGAAGGCUCGCAAAGACCGGGCCAAGUCUAACGAGGCCGCGCUCAAGAACCUCCAUCUCGGCUCAGUAAUCGCCAACGGUCUUUUCUUACUCCUGCACUUCAUAUUCAGGAAGCGCUCACUCUUGCUCUGGUUCUGCCUCUCAAUUCCAAGCUUCGUUUGUCAAUUUACCCUGGAGAAGGCUGGUCGUCCACAGUAUGAUCCCACAACGAAAGCACUCAAGUCUGCGGGCGAAGACCUCGACGCCCAUGGUCUGACCGAGUACAUGUGGGAUAUCGUUUGGGUUACAUGGGCUUGCACCGUUCUUGCAGCUUUCUUCGGCAAUUGGGCAUGGUUUCUCUGGGCAGUUGUGCCCGCAUUCGGUGCCUACAAGGCUAUUGUGAUGUUUGGCGCCGCCAGGCAAAUGGCCCAGCUGGGAACCAACGCUCCGCCGGCAGCGGGCAAUCGCAAACAACGCCGGGCGGUGUAA